AUGGCGGAGAUCUCUCUCCUCUCCCCUUACAAAUUGGGGAAAUUCGAUCUCUCUCACAGGUCGGUUUGGAGUUCUAUCCGGAUUUCUUUUCUCAUCUUCCCUUCGAUGGCCGGGAAGGAAAUCUCGUGGGGUCACACUGCUUGAUCCUGCUGAAACUGGCUUCCUCCGGCAGGGUUGUGCUUGCGCCGAUGACGAGGCAGAGGUCUUACGGCAACGUCCCCCAGCCCCACGCCGCACUGUACUACUCUCAGAGAACCACCAACGGUGGCCUUCUUAUUACCGAGGCUACUGGUGUUUCAGACACGGCUCAGGGGUAACCCGAACCUAGCCCCUCUCUCUGUCUCUCUCUAUUCAUCUAUCUAUCAAUCAAUCUAUCCGUCUACAUACCUAUCUAGAUAGCUAGCUAGCUAGCUAGCUCUAUCUCUGAUGGAAGAGAUGUAUCGUCUCUCUGGUUUGAAGGUACAAAGACACCCCGGGAAUUUGGACCCAAGAACAUGUGGAAGCGUGGAAGCCGAUUGUGGAGGCCGUUCAUGAGAAAGGGGGACUCUUCUUCUGCCAGAUUUGGCACGUCGGAAGGGUUUCCAACUACGGUAGGUUUAGUUUCCUCCUCCCCCGACGUGAUCGUUUCCUCUCGGAGACACCAACGGAAUCGAGGGUCAACUCUCUGGCAGGUUUCCAACCCAACGGACAGGCCCCCAUCUCCUGCACCGACAAGCCGGUGGUGGUCGAGGAGACAGGGCCGGAUGUGUUCCCCAUGGAUUUCUCCCCACCGCGGCGGCUCAAGGUGGAGGAGAUCCCCAGCAUAGUCAACGACUUCAGGCUCGCCGCCAGGAACGCCAUCGAAGCCGGUGAGCCGCCGCUGUCAUCUCCUCGCGGAUCUGAUCUGAACGCCGCCAUGACAAUCUUCCCCGAGCAGGUUUCGACGGCGUGGAGAUCCACGGCGCCAACGGUUAUCUCAUCGAGCAGUUCUUGAUGGACCACGUCAACGACCGGACGGACGAGUACGGCGGCAGCCUGGAGAACCGCAGCCGAUUCGCGCUGGAGAUUGUCGACGCCGUCGUCGGUGAGAUCGGCGCCGACCGGGUGGGCUUCCGUCUCUCCCCCUUCUCCGACUACGUUGACUCCUGGGACUCGAACCCGGUGGCCCUCGGUGUCCACGUGGCGCAGGCCCUCAGCAAUCGCGGCAUCCUCUACUUCCAUGUCAUCGAGCCGAGGAUGGUUCGUGUCGACGGGAAGCUCCAGAUCCCCUACGGGCUUCGCCCAAUAAGGGAGGCCUUCAAGGGGGCCUUCAUCGUCUCCGGCGGAUACAACCAGGAAUCCGGCAACAAGGUGGUGGCGGAAGGAUACACCGAUCUGGUGGCCUACGGACGGAUUUUCUUGGCCAAUCCGGAUCUCCCCGGAAGAUUCAAGGUGGGAGCCCCCCUGAACAAGUAUGACAGGACCACCUUCUUCACCUCCGACCCCAUCGUCGGCUACACAGAUUACCCCAUUCUUGAACCAGCAGCUUAG